UGCAGCUCCACUAAUGGAGCAAGAAAAUCAAUUCUUCUCACUCUCAGACCCUAAUCUCAUCCUUCGUCUCUCACUAUCAAUGGGUGGCUCCAUAGAGAACACUAGAUUUGGGGCAAGUGAUGAUGAUGCUACUAAAGUAGAGGAUGAUUUUGUCUUUGAUAUAGAUCCUAGCUUGCUAGUGGAUUCCCGCAAACUUUUAAUUGGCGAACUGAUUACAGAACAUUCACAUUCCAUUGUCUACCAUGGAUGGUAUGAAUUCAAUCCUGUAUCUAUAAAGCUUAUGCUUCCAAUGCAAACAUCACAUGCUACUUCUCAAUGUAAAGCAAAGUUUCAACGGGAGGUGAACUUGAUAUCUAGGGUUAAACAUAAAAAUAUUAUAAAGUUUAUUGGUGUCUCUGUGGAACCAUCGAUGAUGAUAAUUACAGAACUUUUGGAAGGUUGUUCACUUCAAAAAUAUCUAGAGAGCAUUUAUCCAAGUACUCUAAGUUUAGAGCAAUCAAUAAGUUUUGCUAUGAAUAUUUCUCAAGUUAUGGAGUAUUUGCAUGAAAAUGGCAUUAUUCAUCGGGAUCUAAAGCCUGGUAAUUUGUUUCUUCCUAAAGACAACAUGCAAGUUCUACUUACAAAUUUUGAGACAGCUAGAGAGGUGAUAUCUAGUGAAAUGACUUCUGAGGUUGGUACAUAUCGAUAUAUGGCUCCUGAGUUAUUCAGUAAAGAUCCACUUUCAAAAGGAGCAAAGAAAUGUUAUGACCAUAAGGCAGAUGUUUAUAGCUUUUCUAUGGUUCUAUGGGCGUUAAUAAAAAAUCAAACUCCAUUUAAAGGAAGGAGUAACUUGUUAGCAGCAUAUGCUACUGCAAAAAACAUGAGACCUAGUGUGGAGGAGUUUCCAGAAAAUCUUCUCCCUUUAUUGCAAUCAUGUUGGGAAGAAGACCCAAAGCUACGACCUGAAUUCUCAGAGAUAACUCAAACCCUUGCAAAACUUCUCCACAAUUAUCACUCAAUAAGGAUAACGCCUAAGGAAGAAAAUUGUCCAACUACAAGUGUGUCAAAACCUAUCAUCGAUUGUGUUGAAGACAACUCCAAACAUGUAGAUGAGGUCGAGAGUCAGAAUAUCAAUGUUUGCACAAAGGGACAAUCUCAGAGCAUAAUACAAAUCCCUAGUCCAAUCUUAGCCCAAAACAAGCCUAAAAAGAUUUUUAGGAAGUGCAAGUGUUUAUGGUUAUGUUUGCGCAAAUGCUUUGACAUUUGUUGACGUGCCUACAUCAAGCAAGGUGUUUGGUAGAUUGCUUAUA